UAAAACUAGCAACACUUGGACCUACCUACUACCUGUUCUCUGUCUCUUCUGUAGCUACUACAUGCCGGACGGUUUUGAGUUGCUGAAGUGCAUUCCACAGGGAAUUAGAGAGCAUUGCUAGAAUGUCUGGCAAGAGGUCGUUCGCUAGAGAGCUGAGCGACACGUCCGCGGCGCAGAUACGGAACCAGGUGUCUGCAGCCUUCAGUUCUGACUUGACGGACACCACUGGGACGGUGGCUCAAUUUACCAGCAGUCUCGAGGGCUCGUUCAUCAUGAACGCCAUUGCAAGUGGUCUCCACGGCAGCGGUGGCAUGCUG